UCCAUGGGAGUGUGAGUACAGUUAUGGGGGAGAGCGUGACCUUCACAGACAUUACGACAGGUGUACGAAGAAUCCAGGUCAUAAGAACUUUAUACCUGUAGACAAAUUGAGUAUUGAGGAUCUCCCUGAAAAUUACCGUGACAAAGAAAUAAUUGACUAUAUCCGGGCGGUGUCAGACGUGACAGUUCGUGUGACAAUCAACUAUGUCAGUGACAGGAGACCAGCAAAUGUUCCUGGCAGUAGCAAGCCGUAUCCAGGUUACGAUGUCAGAGGUCAGCAGAGAAUGACGGUUGGGACGGGAUGGGUGCAGGACGUUGACGUGGACAAUAGCUGUGUCGUAGGCCAUUGUAAAUGUAAGGAGUGUCGGAUCGCAUGUACACCGGAGAUGAAAUUUGCCAGAAUUCGCUUAAUUACAGCAGCCCACGUGGUCUUUGACGAUUUUGAGGGAGAACACACCACGUGUCAUCUGUUCUUUGAUAGAGGAGGUACUCAGGAAACCUGUAGCGGUGUCGUCACGCUGACUGGCAUGUCAUGUGUACGCACCAGUGUCAGUGAGGACAAGUGUUACAUGUAUCAUUAUACCCAUGACCUAGAUCUGGCACGAAGACUUAUCCAGACGGUGAACCAAAUGUUUGAUCGAUGUGAGAAUGUCGGCAUCACACAGCAGUUGAUCUGUAAUUUCAAACAGCGACUCGGUGCUCAAGACAGACAACCCUUGUUGUUUAUAGUGUCCCAUCCCCACGGAUGCAGCAAGCAGGUCAGCAUAGGACACUUCACGAGUGUUCACGAGUUUAUGAGUCACAGAGUUUCCUUCGGGUACAGCACAGCCACAUGUCCUGGAUCUAGUGGAGCUCAUGUUGCAUUUCCAGCGUGCAAGGUUUUAGGUUUCGAUUCAAAACUAUUCCCUGGGAAUGGAAUUCAUCGUGGUGUGUCUAGCACGCACGGUGAGAACUAUUGUGGUGGUAAUGGAGGUCAGUACACCUUUUUGUUGUUACACUAA